AUGCCUGGUGCGGGCCUGCCGCGUGCAGGGUUAGCCUCGGAUGCAGCGGCGCUUCCAUUCUCGUCUCAGCAGCUCACGUCGCUGCUGCAGCAGGUAGGAGCAGCGGUUGGGAACCUACCAGGAAUCCAACCAUCAGCUGCAGCAGGAGUAGCAGCAGCAGUGCCGCCGCUCCCUCCUGCUACACUACCCCGCCUACCCUCCCCCACUCCCCCCCACGUUCCCCAUCCCGCCCCUCCUCCUCUCGGCCCUCCUCUCCCCAGCCUCCCGCCUCUCCCCCCGCAUGCUCCCCCAUCUGCAUCAGCCGCCCAUCCCUCCCUCUUAUCAUCUCUCACCGCGUCUGCCCGCCUGCCCCCCUCUCCUCCUUCACCCGCAGCAGCAGUGCCGCCUCUCCCUGCGAACCUCCCAGCUGCCUUGUCGUCGCUGCUCGCCCCUGCAGGGUCGUCUUACCCUGCUGCCUUUGGCGCUGUUGCUGAUGAGUAUGGCAGAGAUGGUGGUGGGGGAGGUGGCGGAGGAGGAGGAGGAGGAGGUGCAGGGUUGUCAAAUCUUCUCUCGUCGCUUCUUACACAAGGCGUUUUGAACAUGGGAGCUGGAGCAGCAGCAGGAGCUGCUUCCAUGCCUGCAUCGUUCACUCCUCCUCUUCCUCCCCUUCCCCCCUCAGCACCCCCUCCCUCCCUCGCCCCCUCCCACCCUGAACCCUUCGAUCCCGCGGUGGGGCGAGAGAUAAAGCAGGAGGUGCUGAGAUCAAGACACGAGGCGGUGGUAUCCGCGCUUUAUUUCGACUUUCCUCGCCAGUGCGCCACAUGCGGACGAAGGUUUGCCGACCAGGAGGAGUACGGGCGACACCUGGAUGGCCAUUUUUUGAAAAGGAAGCGGCUGAAGCAGCAAAAGGCGCAGUCGCGCAUGUGGUACGUGUCGACUCGUGAUUGGCUGUCGGAAUCGACGGCUGCUGCCGCUGCUGCUGUUCCUGGUGCUGGGGGUGGUUCGGCUGCCGAAGCAGGAGGGAUGGGAGGGUCGGGCGGUGGUUCGGGAGGAGGGGCGGGUGGAGGAGUAGGGGAUAUCGGAUCAGGAAGAGAGGGAGAUGGAGGAGGGGGAGGAGGGGUUGCUACUGGUGGUGCGGCUACUGGCGGUGCCGAUGGUAAACAAAUGUCUGGUGUUUCUGUUUCAUCUGCUGCUGGUGGUGGGGCGAUUGAUAGAGGAGGGAUGGGAACGGGGAUCGGAGAUGGGGGAGGAGCAGGAAGAGAGGGUGGAGAGGAUGAGGCGGAUGAUUGGUGUGCUCUGUGCGGGGAGAAAUUCGACGUGUUCUUUGAUCCGGAGGAGGACGAGUGGAUGUACAGGGGUGCAGUGGUGGAGAGCGCGGUGGGAAGCGGUGAUGGCGCCGGUGCUGGGCAAGGGGCCGCGGAGAAAUCGGGCCGUCGCAUUGUGCAUGCGACAUGCCGAGAGGCAAGCACAGGCAGAGGUGCUUCCGACGGCCAUCGCAACAAGCGUCUUCGAGUGGAGUGA